UCCAUUGAUUUUUUCCAUUUAAAUCUAGAACUCGGCUUAUUCAAUGUCUAGGGAACUGGCUGUAAAUAUCCUGGGUUGGUAAAAGUUAGAUAAGACAGCUGCAUUAAAUGUAUAAAAAGGCAUAAAAGUAGUAUGUAUAGAAGAGUUACUCAAACAUAUGUGAAUGUACUAGAAACUGUAACUUUUUAUGAAAAGCUACACUUUGUUCACUUUUAACAGAGCAGAACUGAAGAAAGUACAGAAAAAAUACUCAAGGCAACAACACAAAGUAACGCUAAUUAAAGCUGCAUUAAUCAGUAUUUCUACAUAAAACGGAUCAAAUUACAAGUUGUGAUGAGAUGAGAAACUUACAUUCAGCCAAUGACAUCUAAUCUGUAUAAACUGUACAAGAUGUGAUAUGUAAAUAUUCAGACAGUUGUGAAAAGUCUAUUUUUUCAAAAACUGGACUCAGAAAACCAACGGCAGCCUGAGGGGGCGCGGAAAAAAUGGAGCUGAUGGGAUCCACCUUGACAGCCACAUACGCUCGGCCAAAAACCAGCCACUUCCUCCCUGCCAUCUCCACCAUGGCGUCCAGCUAUCGCAACACCCAGCCAGCCCUGGCCAUGAAUCCCAGUGCCAAUCUGUGGAGAACCAACAGCUACUACAAAAGCAGCAGCACCGUCCCAACCGCCUCCUCCAUGCAACGGGAGAAUUUAGACUUGGUUCGGGCCAAUACCAUGUUCUACCAGUCCAACAGGAGCGCGCUGACCACCCGCUACACCCCAGACGAGUGGUACAAGUCCAACCACAACAACUACAGGGAGUCCGAGUCCUCGCGGAAAAGCGCAGAAAGGCUGAGAAAAGACACCAUCAGGCUGAUGCAGGACAAAGAGCAGCUGACCAGACGAACCCAGGAGAUUACCAGCAAGAACUUCGGCGAAAGGGUCAAUGACAUUGUCUUCUGGAGGUCUGAGCUGAGCCAUGAGAUUGACAACAUGGUGACGGAGAUAGCAGCACUCACUGAGGUCAAGAGGAGGCUGGAGAGAGCCUUGGCAGAGACUGAAGGGCCUUUUCAGGUGUCUCAAGAGUGUUUGUACCACAGAGAGAAGCGGAUGUCCAUCGAUCUGGUCCAUGAUGACGUAGAGAAAGACCUUAUAAAGGAAGUAGGAGUUAUAAAGUCAUGCCAGGAAAGGAUGAGGCGACAUCUGGACAGAGCUAUUGCUCAGCUGGCGUCAAACCGAGCUGCCCAACACGAGCUGGAAAGAGACAUGAGCGACAAAGUGGCAGCUCAGAGGAUAGAUGACAGGUGUCACCAUUUGAGGAACACAUCAGACGGUAUCGGCUAUUACAGAGGAAUUGACAGACUAGACCCAUCACUCUCUCUGCCUGACUCCUGGUCCAAGUUCACCGAUGACAACAUCUUGCACUCCCAGAGCGAGCGAGCCGCCUCCCACAAGCUCCGGGACGAGAUAGAAAUCUUGCUGAACACCACGUCCAACGAAAUGUGGAACCAGUUCAACAACGUCAACGUAGCCUUCACCAACCGCAUAUCGGAAACCGCUGACGCCAAGAACAGCCUGCAGACACACCUGGCGAAGACUUUGCAGGAGAUCUUCCAGACCGAGAUGCUGAUUGAGUCUCUGAAGAAAGCCCUCAGAGACAAAGAGUCGCCGCUGAAAGUGGCCCAAACCAGGCUGGAAGAGAGAACUCGCAGGCCUAACAUAGAGCUCUGCAGGGACAACCCGCACCACAGACUUGUGAGCGAGGUGAGAGAGAUCGAGGACACCAUUCACAAACUUCAAGAGAGGCUGAUGGAAGCUGAGAGCACUCUGCAGACUCUGGUGAAGACCAAAGUGACGCUGGAACAUGACCUGUCCGUCAAGGCCAACUCACUCUUCUUAGACCAGGAGAAGUGUAUGAGCAUGCGCAAGAGCUUUCCCAGCAUUCCCCGUCUGGUGGGCUACACCUAA